AUGUCUGAGGAAAAGUCUCGAGUCUCUGGCGAGGUUGCCCGCGGGGAAUCCUCGUCCCCUAUCCUGCCGACUGUCAAUCCUCAGGUCGAAAAGCCUCAACCCCCCAAGUCCAUGAUUCACCCGGCCUUCUAUGUGGUUGUUUGGAUUGGUUUCUCUUCGUCGGUUAUUCUGUUCAACAAAUGGGUUCUGGAUACCUUGCAGUUCCGUUACCCCGUUAUCCUUACCACCUAUCACAUGGCCUUUGCGACUAUCUGCACCCAGCUCAUGGCUCGAUUCACCACUCUUCUCGAUGGCCGAAAGACCGUUAAGAUGACUGGCCGUGUUUACCUGCGUGCUGUUGUGCCCAUUGGCCUGUUCUUCAGUCUGAGCUUGAUCUGUGGCAACUUGACCUACCUCUACCUGUCGGUUGCUUUUAUCCAGAUGCUCAAGGCCACCACUCCUGUCGCUGUCUUGAUCGCUGGUUGGUCUCUUGGUGUGUCGCAGCCCAAUCUGAAGCAGUUCCUCAACGUUUCCGCCAUCGUCGUUGGUGUCAUCAUUGCUUCCUUCGGCGAGAUCAACUUCGUUUUGGUCGGUGUCUUGUAUCAGAUUGGUGGCAUCAUCUUUGAAGCUCUCCGCCUUACCAUGGUUCAGCGACUUCUCAGCUCUGCUGACUUCAAGAUGGACCCUCUUGUCUCCUUGUACUACUUUGCUCCUGUUUGCGCUGUCAUGAAUGGUGUUGUUGCGCUCCUGUGGGAGGUCCCCAAGGUUUCCAUGGCUGAGGUUUACCACGUCGGUCUCUUCACCUUUUUCCUUAACGGUCUCUGCGCCUUCAUGCUGAACGUUUCUGUCGUCUUCCUGAUUGGCAAGACUUCUGCUGUCGUCCUCACCUUGUGCGGUGUCCUCAAGGACAUCAUGCUCGUUGCUGCCUCUAUGAUGAUUUGGGGUACGCCUGUCACUCCUCUGCAGUUCUUCGGUUACUCCAUUGCUCUGGGAGGCAUGGUCUACUACAAGCUUGGUUACGAUCAGCUCAAGGGCUACAUGGGCGAGGCUAGCCGACAGUGGGCAGAGUUUGGUGCUCGCAAGCCUAUUUUGCGCAAACUUGCCAUCAUUGUCCUCUCCGUCUUCAUCUUCUUCUCGCUGUUCACUGCCAUGGCUCCCUCUUAUGCCUAUGACCCGAGCAAGUUGACGAACACGGUUGCAGGCCAUCUUGGCAAGACGGGUUCCCAAUAA